AUGGCACACGCAGAAGCAGAUGACGUUGAGGACUCAGAUGAGGAUGAACGAAUGACGAAGCAAGGAAUGAAGAUUAGGCUAAGAGAUAUAGGCCAUACGAUAGGGGAGUUAGUCGGAGGUGGGAUUGAUGUGGGAGGAAUUGGUAGAGAAACUGAAGCCUUGUUUCUUGUUCUGAGGAAGUUGGGCGGCGGUGGUGGGGAUGAGAUGAAACUGGUGGCAAAAAGUUGGCUGGGGAAGUUGGGCGGCGGUGGUAAGGAUGAGAUGAAGCUGUACUACUUAAUAUUAACUGUUUUGUGCAAGAUGUGCAGCAGAGGGCACUGGAGACCAGCUGAGGAUGAGAAGCUUCGAGAAUUGGUCGAACGAUAUGGACCACAUAACUGGAACGCCAUAGCUGAAAAGCUACAGGGAAGAACAGGGAAGAGUUGUAGGUUGAGGUGGUUCAAUCAGUUGGAUCCAAGAAUUAACCGAAGCCCUUUCACGGAAGAGGAAGAAGAGAGGCUUCUUGCUUGUCACCGAAUUCAUGGAAAUCGAUGGGCCAUAAUUGCUCGACUCUUCCCCGGACGUACUGAUAAUGCUGUGAAGAAUCACUGGCAUGUUAUCAUGGCUCGAAAAUGCAGAGAAAGGUCGAAAAUUUAUCCAAAAAAGGCACCACAAGCUUUAAAAAAUGAUCAAAAGUCCUCAUCAAAUCAGGAUACCCCAGUUUUCAGUGACAAAAAUUUAAGGUUUAAUCCUUUUGUAGAGAAAUGUUAUCCGAGAUUCGAGCACCAUCUAACGUACAAUCAACCCAUAUGCCGGAAGGAGCUUCAUUCGGACAAUAUGGUUCUUCACAUGAAGAUAGAUGAAGAUAGAAGUAAACAAGCAGUAGAGUUCUAUGACUUUCUCCAGGUGAAUACUGAUAACUCGAAUCGGAGUGAAGUGAUAGACCAUGCAAGGAAAAUAUUCGACGAGGAUGAGGUGGAGCAGGAGCCUGCAGCAAUUCAAAAUCAAACCAAGGCUGACGCUGCUGUACCGUUUAUCGAUUUUCUAUCAGUUUGUGGAGAUUCUUCUUAA